GCUAUUUUCGUCCGCAACCCUCGCGCAGGACCGAUUGGAUUCAAUUACCUCUGGUCACACGGCCUGGGACAGUUUUAUUGCGCUUUUGGUUUAAGCAUCUACGACGAGAUCCGGGACGCAAGACUUGGCCUCGCGACAUCCAGUGCCAAUGGCAGAGACGGCGAGCGGGGAAGGAGGCAAGGCCACGACAUCAGCGCGGACAGAAGCUGCAGCUGCAGUCGACGCAGGGCAGGGAGAGGCGGCGGCGUCGUCGGCGCCCCACGCGCAACAAGCUGGGGCUGCCUUGCCGAUGCAGGUGCCGAUUCCCGCCUCGAUCAAGAGGCUCUCGUCAAGCUACCUGGAUCGAGAAGCAAUGGCCGAGGGAACCCCACCCUUACCGAAUGGCGCGCAGCGCUUUCAUCCACUCUUUGACGAGCCGAGGCUAGAAGAAGGGCAACGAGAGCAAGCGGCUGGCUCAGGCGAGACACAAAAAGACGGCAAGAAACCUGCGAAUGUCUAUGUGCCGUCGUUGGAUCUGGGCGAGGUCGCAGAGGCGUAUCCGAGCCCCUCGGGCAACAUCGUUCCGCCCAUGCCAGAGGAUGACUCGUGGAAGCUGGGGCCACCGCCGCUCAAGGCGCCAGUCGGAGAUCCGUCACUGGAGCAGCAGCAGCAGCAGCCUCCGACAGGGCAGAGUGCCGCGUCCAGCACAUCGGCUGGAGGCGCAAAGUCACAAUCGCCCAUCGCCUCUUCUUUCUCCCAACCUAACCGGCUGUCCGGCUCUGGGCCCUCGACCGAGGGCGGGAGCAAGACAGGCUCCACCUCCUCACUGGGUGAGGGGCCCAGCGCAGGCGUGGACUCUGACGUGCGAAGCAUCGACUCGCAGGCCAUCAGUGCACGCUCGAGCCCGACUAGCUUUGCGCCCCUGCCACGGAGAGCGUCUGCCGCUGUGACGGAGGCGUCGUCUGCAAGCACGCUGACACGGGCAGGUGGCUCGGGGAAUCCGCUCCCGCCGCUCAAGGUGCGCGACUUUGCAUUCGACGAGACGGACCCUAGGCAUGUGGGCGCGAGAGACGUCAGUGCCCCAUCGCAGCGGUCCAGCGGGGCAGGAAUGGGCAUGGGCAUGGGAAUGAGCAUGGCGUACUCGAGCAGCGGAGGGAGCGGGAGCGCAGGAGGCUUCCAUCAGGACUGGACGAGCGCCGAGCUCGACGAGGAGAGCGACGAAGACGACGAGCAGGAUGAUGCGGGGACCGGUGGCCUGCCGCACGGGCUGUAUGUCGCCGCAUACGACUUUGCGUCCGAGAGCGACCACGAGCUCAGCGUCAGCGUGGGAGAGAAGGUCAGGCUGGUCGGGCACGUCGAUGGCGGAUGGGCCGUCGUCGUCAAGAUUCUCGAAUCUCUUUCCUUGGACGAGGAGGGCCAGCCGCGGGCCGGGACAAAGUCGGAGAAGGCAGCAGAGGGCGAUCAUGGUGAUGGGCAAGAGGGCGAGAGGCAUGGCGAAAAGGGCCUUGUACCAGAAGGUUAUCUUCAGUGGAUAGACCAUUGAUUUCGUUGCGGCAAUGGCCAGGGAGCAGGACGUUGCUUGGGCCGAGCCCCCUUCCUGCUGGCUUUUCCUUCCCCAUUUGCUGGGGUUGGUUGUACAUCAAUUGCACGAACUUUUCCCACCCUCUUGUCAUCUCUUUCUGGCAAAGAGAGGCUCUCCCUCUCUUCCUCUCCUUUUUCCUCAUAUAUUCUCUCUCUCUCUCUCUCUCUCUCUCUCUCUCUCUCUUCAACUGCUUCACACAAACCCAGUCGCCGCUCAUGUAUGUUCGUAUCUUGG